AUGCGCAACUUGUACGUGAAUUCGCAGAGCUUUACAACCCGAGCGUAUUUGGCGCUGCCAGACGAAGUCAAAUUCUGGGACUGCGAAUUGAGUGGUACCCCAGAGGUGGAGGACCAGUUCAAGCGACACGCGUCCGCCGUGGCGUGGCGGCAGUACAACGCCGGCAACCAAACGCUCCACAGCUCCGUGUUUGGGCUGCUGGGGCGAUGA